AUGAUCAAAGCUGGAUCUGAGGAACUUCCUGUUCAUAGGAAUAUUGUGUCAGCAAGUUCCGAUUAUUUUAAAGCAAUGUUAUCUCAUGAAAAUGUUGAAACAAAAUCUGGUGUCGUUGAAAUAAAGGAAUUUGAUGAAGUUUGUGUUAAAAAAUGUGUUGAUUUCAUUUACACUGGGGAUGCUUAUGUUGCCAAAGAAAAACGUGAAACACUCAUGGGCGUCGCUCACAUGAUGCAGCUGCAAAGACUUUGUGAUAGUAUCGCAAUAUUUCUGGAAGAUGAUCUUGAUCCUGAAUCGUUUUUUCAAACUAAAAAAAUUGCAAAUAGAAAUUGCCAGUCUGAUGAGUUUAUGGAUCUUGAUGAAAAAUUUAUUUCAUUUCUGAUGGAAUCGAAGGAAACAAAAGCAAAGGAAGAGGUGAAAUUGAUGGAAUCUUACAUUUAUGUGAUUUGUACAAAUGGAUUGUUUUAUAAACCUGAAUAUGCUGAACCAAAUGCAAAGUGGGAACAAAUGACAAAUACUAAUAUUCAUAAUGCAUGUGCAGUUGCACUUAAUGGUUUUAUUUAUGGUAUUGAGUAUGAAGAUCACUCAAACAUUAUGGAAAGAUAUGAUCCAUCGAAUAAUAAGAUGGGCCAGAGUUACGGACAAAUCACUGAUUCUGGUUUAUGA